UUCAUUCAGCCCUGCUCUGCUACUUUGUUGCUACCUGUGGAGGUUCCCUGGUUCUCUGGUUCUCCUUCUGCCAGCCGUCGCACAGAGUGCAGCCCCACGGAGAGGCACCAUGCUGGGAUUGGACGUGUGUGAGUUUGGGGGUCAGGUGCUGGAGCUGCUGUGGCUAACUAUGUGCUACAGAGGUCUGAUGGCUGACAAAAAGGAUUUGCCCAUUGAGGAGGAAGAGGAUGAGAGAAACCUCAACUACAAUCCUCCGGCUCUGAAGUCUUUGCAGGAGAUUCAGGAACUGGAUAAAGAUGACGAGAGUUUGGUCAAGUACAAGCAGACCCUGCUGGGGACGGGUCCAGUGACAGCAGACCUCUCUGGCCCUAAUGUCUGGGUGACCAGACUGACCCUGUUAUGUGAUGAAGCUCCUGGACCGAUCACCAUGGACCUGACAGGAGACCUGAGCGCUCUGAAGGAGAAGAGCUUCUCCUUACAGGAAGGAGUGAAAUACAGACUAAAGAUACACUUUAAGGUGAAAAGAGAAAUCGUUGCCGGCUUGAGGUACCAUCAUGUGACCUACAGGAAAGGAAUAAGAGUGGACAAGGUGUCGUACAUGGUGGGAAGCUACGGUCCAAGGGCGGAGGAGCAUGAGUUUGUAAGCCCGAGUGACGAGGCACCCAAAGGCAUGAUGUCACGCGGCCACUAUCAGAUCAAGUCCCGCUUCAUCGACGACGACAAGAACAUCUACUUGGCCUGGGAGUGGAACCUCGACAUCAAGAAGGACUGGAAUGAAUAGAGGUAGAGAGAGAGAGAGGGAUGACGCUACUCUCUUCCCUUCUUUCACGCCUAUUCUUCACCUCCCUCUCUUCUUUCCCCUCUUUAACCCACCUCCACGUUGUCUUGUGAGAGCAGCCUUUGCACUGGCCAAAACAAAGAGGCUCUGCUUCUCCUCCUCCUCCCCUUCCACUUUAUUUUCUCUUCUACAUUUUCUUCCCUGCCUGUUUAAUGCAGGUCUCUUGAAACCUGAGAGCAACUGGGACUUUUAGAGGAGAGAACCCCCCCCCCAUCCCUCCAGCCUUUUAUGUCUGCAUUAUAUCUACAA